AUGCAUUGGCGGUGUUGGUACUGGGAUGACACAGGAGCAUCGUCUCCGAAGAAUAAAAUCAAGUUCUUAUGCAGCCAUGGCGGUAAGAUUCUUCCGAGACUCGGCGACGGUGUCCUGAAGUACGUCGGCGGCGAGACACGUGUCAUUGGGGUGCCUCGUGACAUCACUUUCUCAGAGUUUAUGAAGAAAGUCACUGCUCUGACUGACAGUGACAUGGUCCUCAAGUACCAGCUUGUCCCUGAAGAUCUAGAUGCCUUGGUCACAGUGAGAUCAGAUGCAGAUCUCCAACACAUGUUUGAUGAGCAUGAUCGCCAUGGAAAUGGAGCUCCAAUGCUUCGAGCUUUCCUGUUUCCUACCAAACCAAUUGUACUAGAGAACCAAUCACUUGUUUCUGAACCACAUGCAUCGGAGCAGCGUUAUAUCGAUGCCAUCAAUGGCAUCAUCCACAUCAACCACAGAGGAAAACUUUGUCCUAUCAGAGUUGUCUCAUCAGCUUGUUCUUCCCCCAAAAAACCAGAUUCCCCAGAUGGUCAUUCUAUGGAUGUAACCCCCGAAUCGCCAUUCUUUAUCAGCAACCGGAAGUCAUCGAUGCAGAGAGUGCGAAGUUCUCCGAGCUUUAGCAGCCUCACCAACCUCCAAGGCAGCCUCAGCAGUCCGAAGUAUGAACACAGUUGUUAUCACCAUCACUAUCAGCAACAUCCUCAUGGCCAUCCCUUUGUUAGAUUGUCGUCAGAUCCACAUGCAGGGUUUGGGUUUGGAAGGCCCCAACCAAUUUUGUCCUUGACAAGGCAAGACAGUGGUAGGGGUAAUGGCUUUAACCAGUAUUACUCACCGACCAGAAGCAAUGUUAACAAAGGGAUUCCAGGUUGCCCCAAGAAUGGAGGAGGACACCUUGAUGAACCUUUUUCACUUUCUGGACAUCUUAGGUUCCUGGCGGAGGAUUUUAAGUAUAUUGUGUUCGGUAAGGAAGUGUAUACUGGAUGGAAACAAGUAGUGAAACUGGAUUACUGGACGGGUCUCAUUCUUAUACAGCUGUGA